AUGUUCUCAAAGCGAUUGGAGGCUAUGGAGCUCUUGCUCGCGCGACUUCCAGGAGUAGCUCCUCCAAUCACCAAAAGUGCUCCUAAUUGCUAUGCAGACACUCCCUUCACGGAUGCCAUCGCUUUGGUUGAGAUGCCAAAGAAGUUCAUCGUCCCUUCAAUGAAGAUGUACGACGGGACGACCGACCCUGAUAAUCAUAUAGCCCAGUACAAGCAACGCAUGUUCACAACGGCAAUAGCAAAAGAAUAUCGCGAAGCUAGUAUGUGUAAAGGAUUUGGAUCUAGCCUCACGGGACCAGCUCUUCAGUGGUUUACGAACCUACCGAACGCGUCAAUCGACUCGUUCGCGUCAUUGACAGACCGCUUUGUUGAGCAAUUCGCGAGCAGCAGGAACAUAGAAAGGACAGCCGACGAUCUCUAUGAAGUGAUACAGAAGAGAGGAGAACCGUUGCGCGAUUACGUAGGUCGCUUCAACAAAGAGAAAGUAUCCAUUCCGGCAUGUGUCACGUCCACUGCCAUCUCUGCAUUCAAAAGAGGAUUACUCCCAGACAGUGAUUUGUACAAGGAACUGACGAAGUACCAGUGCAGAACGAUGGAAGAUGUGCUAUCUAGAGCAUGGGCUCAAAUAAGGUGGGAGGAAGACCUGCAUAUCGACACCUACUUUCCCCACGAUCUGAUUCGCGCGUUGUUAGGAACGAGCGUCCCUCUCGAGAUGACAGACCGUACCAGAGACCACGCAGUGAAAGCACUAGCAAGAGAAGCGACAGCAGAAGCGACCAUCGACCACUCAACCAAAUUGAGAGCGACCAACGCUCAUCAUCCACAUGGCCAGACAUGA